AUGAAGGUUUUUACAGCGUUAGCUCUCUUGAUGGCAGCUAUCUCGUUAACCGCCGAUGCAGCACCCACGUCGAAAUCAUCCGUAAUCACAGUUGACAUAAAGAAAAAUGAUUUACCCGCUUAUUUUACUUGGUACCAAAAGGCAAAGAUUGAUCAAAAUCGUGCUCUGUUGAAAUAUUCGAAAAAUAUUCAAUCAGCAUACAGUCAUGGUUUAGUUGGUCAAGAAGCCAUCGUAAAAUUAGAAGCUGCUUCCACUCCAGUAUUCGGUGAUUCCGCACCGAAAGCUUUCGUCAUUCAAAGCUUUAAAGGAAAGACUGAUAAUAGUACCAGCGAUACUGGAAGCAAUGAUCCACUUGGAGACGAACCAUCUGGUGACAAAAAUGGCAGUAAAGGAAAAAACGGCGACGGUAGCAAGAAUAGCGGCAAGGAUAGUAGCAAUCCCGAUAAAAAUACUCUACCUGACAAUUCCGGCAAAGGGGUUGUCAAUAAUCCUCUUAAAGAUCAAGGAAUGGAUAUUGGUUAUCACGGUCCAAUUCAAAUUUCUGGCCAAACAUUUAAUGUAAUUUUCGAUACUGGUUCAUCUGACCUUUGGGUACCUGCACAACAAUGUACUGAUGCAGCUUGUAAAGCUCAUAAAACAUUUGAUCCAAAAAAAAGCAAAGGAUUCAAAAGCGAUAAUAAACCAUUUGAAAUUCAAUAUGGUACAGGUGCAGUUUCUGGAGUUAUUGCAACAGAUGACGUUUCAAUUGCUGGUGCAAUGGCAAAAGGUCAAACUUUCGGACUAUCAACAAAAAUGUCUGAAGAUUUUGAAAAUUCAGAAUUCGAUGGAAUACUCGGAAUGGGUCUUGAUCAAUUAAGCUCACAAAACGCAAAAACACCUUUCACUCAGCUCGUUGAACAAAAAGCCGUCAAAGAUUCAGUUUUUGGUUUCUUCCUCGGACGUCAAUCAGAUGGCACUGACAGUAAAAGUCAAUUAACCCUUGGUGGUGUUGACUCUUCAAAAUUCACUGGCGAACUUAAGUAUAAUAAACUUGUGAGUGAUGUUGGUUUUUGGGAAAUCGCUUUAGACGAUGCUAGCGUUGACGGAAAGCCUCUUAAAUUCAGCAAAAAGACUGCUAUUAUUGAUACUGGCACGACACUUCUCAUCGCUCCUCCUGCUGACGCUGCUGCUAUCCACAAAGCAAUUAAAGGUGCCGUUUUUCAACAAGGUGAAUACUUUGUCCCAUGCAAAACUACCGCUGUUGUUGCUCUUACUUUCGGUGGAGUUACCUAUAAAAUCUCACCAAAAGAUCUUGCUCGUGAAAAAACAAAUCAAAAUGAUAUGUGUUUAUCUGGUAUUGCUGGCGGUAAUAUCGGUGGAGCUGACCAAUG